AAAGUAGCUACGCCCUCUGCAGCUAGGUACGCCCCCAAGUCUCGGGAGAAACGGGUGGAAGAAGAUAGUCACAGACGUCCCACAUCAAGCUAGCUAACAUUGAACUGAGCUUGCUUUCAGGAUGGGUACCAGAGAUGACGAGUACGAUUAUCUGUUCAAAGUGGUCCUGAUUGGAGACUCUGGAGUAGGGAAAAGUAAUCUGCUGUCCCGUUUCACCCGUAACGAGUUCAACCUGGAGAGCAAGAGUACCAUAGGUGUUGAGUUCGCUACUCGCAGUAUACAGGUGGAUGGGAAGACCGUGAAGGCCCAGAUAUGGGACACUGCUGGACAAGAACGCUAUCGAGCCAUAACCUCCGCGUAUUACCGUGGUGCGGUAGGCGCCUUGCUGGUUUAUGACAUCGCUAAGCACCUCACCUAUGAAAAUGUGGAGCGCUGGUUGAAGGAGUUGAGGGACCACGCCGACAGCAACAUUGUCAUAAUGCUGGUGGGAAACAAAAGUGACCUCCGCCACCUCAGAGCAGUUCCCACUGAUGAGGCGCGGGCAUUUGCAGAGAAAAAUGGUCUGUCAUUUCUUGAAACUUCAGCACUGGAUUCUACAAAUGUCGAGACAGCCUUCCAGACCAUUCUGACUGAAAUCUAUCGCAUCGUGUCCCAGAAACAGAUGUCUGAUCGGCGGGACAACGAUAUGUCUCCUAGCAACAACGUCGUUUCUAUCCAGGUGCAACCUACUGAGAACAAACCAAAGAUGCAGUGCUGCCAGAGCAUCUAGCAACACCAUCCCACCUGCACAGCCCCAACCCCCCCCCCCCCCCUUUCCACCCCCCAACUCUGCUCCCCAGCACCACCUGACCUGCACAACCCCUCCCCCCUCUCCCCACCCCUUCCUAGCCCAGUGCAGCCUUUCUGAAAGACUACUUUGGUUCUGAGAUACAGCUGCACAGCCAGGCUCCAGCAUAAAGGCUGUGUCUGAGGUCUGGAUCCCUGUGGAAGACCACCUGUAGUCAGGACUUUUCUUUUUCCUCUGCCAUGUUGGGCUUUUAUAUAGCAACAUUUUAAUAAUCUGACAGGCAAAUCUGCACAGAAAUGUCUUAAUAUAUUAUUUGUUUUGUUUUUUUCCGUUAUUUUUUGGAGGCGUUGAUCUUCAUUAUUUGUACUUGUAAAUUUGACUGCACUCUCAUUGCAACUGUGUCUUUGGCAGUGGGGAGCUGUGGUAGACUGAUGGUGUAUUUGUGCUGUAACUAGAUAAAGUCCGCUGUGGUAAAUGCAAAUGGUAGACUAGGAUCAGGGUGCCACACCCACUAAGGUUCCCACAUUCAAUCAGGACAUUGACCGAGAAGUUAUAGUAUUCAUCAAACAUGUAGCUAGAGAAACACAUGAUGAAGCACUUUUUAUACAAGAUUGGCACGGUGGAGUGUGCUGUCAUUGGGGUAGCAUCAGUCUGUAUUUCUACUGCUCUCAGUGUAGCAUGCUCCACCGAAACAUGUGGCACAUAGACAGUGUAUGGAGGGACUGCUUCCCGACACAGUGCCUAAAAAGACUGAUUCAUACAUAGCUGCUGGUUUUCUUUAACACGCUUUACAAGAGUAGUAGUAUCAGUGCCUUUUUGGUAGAAUGUCAUGUUGGGAUGCCUUGGUUUCACACACGUGUACUACUGCAGAACUUUCAGUAAUCUCCCCUCAGACCCCAGCUCAUCUUAUGUGUGUGUGGUGACGCCGAGGUCUUCAUGUGAUCUUGCUGGUUUCGGCAAAGCCGCUCACGGCAGUGUGCCAGAUCUCAGCCGCGCACCUUGAGAUGUCAGAAACUGACCAAAUCUGUUAAAGCUGUGGCCGUGAAAUUCUGGACUUUGAUUAAAAACCUGCCGGUAGAUGAAGAUCUGUGGGUGUAGGCCGGGAGAGGAGAGACAACUUCAGGACUGUGUCCCUGGCACUGAGAACAGCUACAGGGCGGGGAGGUUGUGGGGAGAUUGUGGUCCACAUACUUGCACUGAACAUAAAACAUGCUCUGGGUUACACUGCGAGCACUACAAACUUGCAUUCUAACUAGGCAUGGCUUUUCUUCAUUUAAAACUAAAAAUGUAUUCCCAGAAAUAUUCAGAUAAACAAAAUAGACCCCAAGCAUGUCAAUGUCUGCGCAGGGCCCCAUACCAGUGCCUGGGAAAGACUGCAGUCCUUUAAUGUACUGUGAUGGCUAUCUAGAGGUUACAGUCCCUUCUGUCCUGCCUGGCAGUGCCCAUGAUGUGAGGUUACAGAUGGCACUGCCAUCUCCAGUUAGCUUGCUCUAUAUCCGAUGGAAUAUUGAUGUUGUGAUUGUUUUAUUAUCUUUCACAUUUUGCCUCCACUUUUAUUUCAUUUGAGUGCUGUACUGUGAUUUGUAUUUGUUUAUUAUAAUUCAACUGUUAUUUUGUCCACUAAUUACAAUUGAAAAGUGCAAAUAAAGUAAACUAUUACAACUGA